CUCCCCUCCCCCCCGCGCCGGGCAUGCGGGGCCCGCUGGGCACCGAAGAGGAGCUGCCGCGGCUGUUCGCGGAGGAGAUGGAGAACGAGGACGAGAUGUCAGAAGAAGAUGACGGUGGCCUUGAGGGCUUUGAUGACUUUUUCCCCGAGGAGCCUGUGAGCCUCCCCCAGAAGAAGAAACCCAAGAAGCUAAAGGAGAGCAAGUCCAAAGGGAAGCGCAAGAAGAAGGAGGGGAGCAAUGAUGAGCUGUCUGAAAAUGAGGAGGACCUGGAGGAGAAGUCGGAGAGCGAAGGGAGUGACUACUCCCCUAAUAAAAAGAAGAAGAAGAAACUCAAGGACAAGAAGGAGAAAAAAGCCAAGCGGAAAAAGAAGGAUGACGAUGAGGAUGAUAACGAAGACGGAUGCUUGAAGGAGCCCAAGUCCUCGGGGCAGCUCAUGGCCGAGUGGGGCCUGGACAAUGUGGAUUACCUGUUCUCCGAGGAGGACUACCACACGCUGACAAACUACAAGGCCUUCAGCCAGUUCCUCAGGCCGCUCAUCGCCAAGAAGAACCCAAAGAUCCCCAUGUCCAAGAUGAUGACCGUCCUGGGCGCCAAGUGGCGGGAAUUCAGCGCCAACAACCCCUUCAAGGGCAGCUCUGCGGCAGCAGCGGCAGCGGCGGUGGCUGCGGCUGUGGAGACAGUCACCAUUUCCCCUCCGCUGGCCGUCAGCCCCCAGCAGGCACCCCAGCUCAUGCCCAUCCGCAAGGCCAAGACGAAGGAGGGCAAGGGGCCUGGAGUACGGAAGAAGAUCCGAGGCUCCAAAGAUGGGAAGAAAAAGGGCAAAGGGAAAAAAGUGUCCGGACUCAAGUUCCGCUUUGGAGGGAUCAGCAACAAGAGGAAGAAGGGCUCCUCGAGUGAGGACGACGAGCGGGAGGAGUCGGACUUGGACAGCGCCAGCGUCCACAGCGCCUCCGUGCGCUCCGAGUGCUCCGCCGCCCUGGGGAAGAAGAAGAGGAGGCGCAAGAAGAAGCGAAUUGACGACGGGGACGGCUACGAGACGGACCACCAGGACUACUGCGAGGUGUGCCAGCAGGGCGGGGAGAUCAUCCUGUGCGACACCUGCCCGCGGGCCUACCACCUGGUCUGCCUCGACCCGGAGCUGGAGAAGGCCCCCGAGGGCAAGUGGAGCUGCCCGCACUGCGAGAAGGAGGGCAUCCAGUGGGAGCCCAAGGACGACGACGACGACGACGACGAGGGCGGCUGCGAGGAGGAGGAGGACGACCACAUGGAGUUCUGCCGCGUGUGCAAGGACGGCGGCGAGCUGCUCUGCUGCGACGCCUGCCCCUCCUCCUACCACCUGCACUGCCUCAACCCGCCGCUGCCCGAGAUCCCAAACGGUGAAUGGCUCUGCCCGCGCUGUACUUGCCCGCCACUGAAGGGCAAAGUCCAGCGGAUCCUACACUGGAGGUGGACGGAGCCCCCAGCCCCCUUCCUGGUGGGGAUCCCGGGGCCGGACGUGGAGCCCGGCCUCCCCCCGCCCAAGGCCCUGGAGGGCACCCCCGAGAGGGAGUUCUUCGUCAAGUGGGCUGGCCUCUCCUACUGGCACUGCUCCUGGGUGAAGGAGCUGCAGCUGGAGCUGUACCACACGGUGAUGUAUCGCAACUACCAAAGAAAGAACGACAUGGACGAGCCUCCACCCUUCGACUACGGCUCUGGGGAUGAGGAUGGCAAGAGCGAGAAGAGGAAGAACAAGGACCCGCUUUACGCCAAGAUGGAGGAGCGCUUCUACCGCUACGGCAUCAAGCCCGAGUGGAUGAUGAUCCACCGCCUCCUGAACCACAGCUUCGACAAAAAGGGGGAUGUCCACUACCUGAUCAAGUGGAAAGACCUGCCCUAUGACCAGUGCACCUGGGAGAUUGAUGACAUCGACAUCCCCUACUACGACAACCUGAAGCAGGCCUACUGGGGCCACAGGGAGCUGAUGCUGGGAGAAGAUGUCAGGGUGCCCAAGAGGCUGAUCAAGAAGGGCAAGAAGCUGAAGGACGAUAAGCAGGAGAAGCCGCCGGAGACGCCCAUUGUGGAUCCCACGGUCAAGUUCGACAAGCAGCCGUGGUACAUCGACGCCACGGGCGGCACGCUGCACCCUUACCAGCUGGAGGGCCUCAACUGGCUGCGCUUCUCCUGGGCCCAGGGCACCGACACCAUCCUGGCCGAUGAGAUGGGGCUCGGCAAGACCGUGCAGACCAUCGUCUUCCUCUACUCCCUCUACAGGGAGGGCCACUCCAAGGGGCCCUACCUGGUCAGUGCGCCCCUGUCCACCAUCAUCAACUGGGAGCGUGAGUUCGAGAUGUGGGCGCCCGACUUCUACGUGGUCACCUACACGGGGGACAAGGAGAGCCGCGCUGUGAUCCGCGAGAAUGAGUUUUCCUUCGAGGACAACGCCAUUCGGAGCGGGAAGAAGGUGUUCCGGAUGAAGAAAGAGGUGCAGAUCAAAUUCCACGUGCUGCUGACCUCCUAUGAGCUCAUCACCAUCGACCAGGCCAUCCUGGGCUCCAUCGAGUGGGCCUGCCUCGUGGUGGACGAGGCCCACCGGCUCAAGAACAACCAGUCCAAGUUCUUCAGGGUCUUGAACAGCUACAAGAUCGAUUACAAGCUGCUGCUGACGGGGACGCCCCUUCAGAACAACCUGGAGGAGCUCUUCCAUCUCCUCAACUUCCUGACCCCAGAGAGGUUCAACUCCUUCCGCAGCAACCUGGAGGGCUUCCUGGAAGAAUUUGCCGACAUCUCCAAGGAAGACCAGAUCAAGAAGCUGCAUGACCUCCUGGGGCCACACAUGCUGAGGCGGCUCAAGGCAGAUGUGUUCAAGAACAUGCCGGCCAAGACGGAGCUGAUCGUCCGCGUGGAGCUCAGCCAGAUGCAGAAGAAGUACUACAAGUUCAUCCUCACACGGAACUUCGAGGCGCUGAACUCCAAGGGGGGCGGGAACCAGGUGUCCCUGCUCAACAUCAUGAUGGACCUCAAGAAGUGCUGCAACCACCCCUACCUCUUCCCCGUGGCUGCCGUGGAAGCCCCCGUCUUGCCCAAUGGCUCCUAUGAUGGCAGCUCCCUGGUCAAGUCUUCGGGGAAGCUCAUGCUGCUGCAGAAGAUGCUCAAGAAGCUGCGGGAUGAAGGGCACCGCGUCCUCAUCUUCUCCCAGAUGACCAAGAUGCUGGAUCUCCUGGAGGACUUCCUGGAGUACGAAGGCUACAAGUAUGAGCGGAUUGACGGUGGCAUCACAGGGGGCCUCCGGCAAGAGGCGAUUGACAGAUUCAACGCCCCUGGGGCCCAGCAGUUCUGCUUCCUCCUCUCCACGCGGGCGGGCGGCCUGGGCAUCAACCUGGCCACGGCGGACACGGUCAUCAUCUACGACUCAGACUGGAACCCGCACAACGACAUCCAGGCCUUCAGCCGCGCCCACCGCAUUGGGCAGAACAAGAAGGUGAUGAUCUACCGCUUCGUGACACGGGCCUCGGUGGAGGAGCGCAUCACGCAGGUGGCGAAGCGCAAGAUGAUGCUGACGCACCUGGUGGUGCGGCCCGGCCUCGGCUCCAAGUCGGGCUCCAUGACCAAGCAGGAGCUGGACGACAUCCUCAAGUUUGGCACGGAGGAGCUCUUCAAGGACGACGUGGAGGGGAUGAUGUCCCAGGGCCAGAGGCCGGCCUCGCCCAUCCCUGACGUCCAGUCCUCCAAAGGGGGUGCCCUGGCCGCCGGGGUGAAAAAAAAGCACGGCCCUGCCCCACCAGGUGACAACAAGGACGUGGAGGAUAGCAGUGUCAUCCACUACGACGACGCGGCCAUCUCCAAGCUGCUGGACCGGAACCAGGACGCCACGGACGACACAGAGCUGCAGAACAUGAAUGAGUACCUGAGCUCCUUCAAGGUGGCGCAGUACGUGGUGCGAGAGGAGGACGGCGUGGAGGAGGUGGAGCGCGAGAUCAUCAAGCAGGAGGAGAACGUGGACCCCGACUACUGGGAGAAGCUGCUGCGCCACCACUACGAGCAGCAGCAGGAGGACCUGGCGCGCAACCUGGGCAAGGGCAAGCGCAUCCGCAAGCAGGUCAACUACAACGACGCCUCGCAGGAGGACCAGGAGUGGCAGGACGAGCUCUCAGACAACCAGUCGGAAUAUUCCAUCGGCUCUGAGGAUGAGGACGAGGACUUUGAGGAGAGGCCGGAAGGGCAGAGUGGACGGCGGCAGUCCAGGAGGCAGCUCAAGAGCGACAGGGACAAGCCUCUGCCUCCCCUUCUCGCACGAGUCGGUGGCAACAUCGAGGUGCUGGGCUUCAACGCCCGGCAGCGCAAGGCCUUCCUGAACGCCAUCAUGCGCUGGGGCAUGCCCCCCCAGGACGCCUUCAACUCCCACUGGCUGGUGCGGGAUCUCCGCGGGAAGAGCGAGAAGGAGUUCAGGGCCUACGUGUCCCUCUUCAUGCGGCACCUGUGUGAGCCAGGGGCGGACGGCGCGGAGACCUUCGCGGACGGCGUGCCCCGGGAGGGCCUCUCACGGCAGCACGUGCUCACUCGGAUCGGGGUCAUGUCCCUGGUGAGGAAGAAGGUUCAGGAGUUUGAACACGUCAAUGGGAAGUACAGCACCCCAGACCUGAUCCCCGAGGGGCCUGCGGGCAAGAAGCCGGGCGAGCUCAUCUCCUCGGACCCCAACACACCGGUGCCUGCCAGCCCUGCCUACCUCCCGCCUGCUCCCCUGGGCCUGCCAGACAAAAUGGAAACCCAGUUGGGCUACAUGGAUGAGAAGGAGCUAGGGAUGCAGAAGCCAAAGAAGCCCCUGGAAAUCCAGGCCCUGCCAGCUGCCCUGGACAGAGUGGAGGGCGAGGACAAGCACGAGAGCCCAGAUGGCAAGGAGAGAGCCCAAGAGGAGCGGCCGGAGGGGCUGGAGAAGGCCCUGCCCUCCCCGGAGCAGCUGCCAAAAGAGGAAGUGCUUCCGGAGAAGGAGAAAAUUUUGGACAAGCUGGAGUUAAGCUUGAUCCACAGCAGAGUGGACAGCGGUGACUUCAGGCCAGAUGACACCAAGGCUGAGGAGAAGGAGCUCAUUGAAACUCAGCAGAACGGUGACAAAGAGGAAGACGAGGAGGGGAAGAAGGAGGAUAAGAACGGGAAAUUCAAAUUCAUGUUCAACAUUGCAGACGGGGGCUUCACAGAGCUGCACACGCUGUGGCAGAAUGAGGAGCGUGCCGCUGUUUCCUCGGGGAAAAUCUACGACAUCUGGCACCGGCGCCACGACUACUGGCUGUUGGCGGGCAUCGUGACGCACGGCUACGCCCGCUGGCAGGACAUCCAGAAUGACCCACGGUACAUGAUCCUCAACGAGCCCUUCAAGUCUGAGAUCCACAAGGGCAAUUACCUGGAGAUGAAGAACAAGUUCCUGGCCCGCAGGUUCAAGCUGCUGGAGCAGGCACUGGUCAUUGAGGAGCAGCUCCGCAGGGCCGCAUACCUCAACAUGACCCAGGACCCCAGCCACCCCGCCAUGGCCCUCAACGCCCGCCUGGCCGAGGUCGAGUGCCUGGCCGAGAGCCACCAGCACCUGUCCAAGGAGUCACUCGCCGGAAACAAGCCCGCCAACGCCGUCCUGCACAAGGUCCUGAACCAGCUGGAGGAGCUGCUAGGCGACAUGAAGGCGGACGUGACGCGCCUGCCCUCCAUGCUGUCCCGCAUCCCGCCGGUGGCCGCCCGCCUGCAGAUGUCGGAGCGCAGCAUCCUGAGCCGCCUGACGAGCCGCGCCGGCGACCCCGCGCUCCAGCAGGGCUCUUUCGGCUCCUCUCAGAUGUACAGCAACAACUUUGGGCCCAACUUCCGGGGCCCUGGACCGGGAGGGAUUGUCAACUACAACCAGAUGCCCCUGGGGCCCUAUGUGACCGAUAUCUAGCCGUCCCCGAGAUGUCCCUCAGUUGCAGCGCUCGUUUCCAGCUGAGCCACACCUGCUGGGCCCCCUGCCCGAUGCCCAUGGGAGAGAAAAGCUCCUGCCUUUUUAGGAGCCGGUGCCAAAAAGGGAAACCGAGUAACACCAACACACAGAGGAUGAGGCCCAGGCCAGCUGGGGCAGACCCUGGGAGUGCCACCCCAUCAUGGCUCCAGUGUCCUUCCACACGAGCAUCUCCCCCACAGCCACCCGGGACAUGCAACCCUUCGCCACCUUUUCCAGAAUGACAUCGUAGAAGAGGUUUCAUUUAUUUGUACAUCUUUUGCACUUUCUUACCGGAGACACAAACACAUUUGUCUUGAUAAAAGUUGCAGUAUGAAGGAGUCUAACGUCACAGCACUUACGUCUCUCUGUACCGACGGGCACAGACUGGAGGGAAGCUUCCGGAUUCCCUGCUGCGGCCCUGCGGACUCGGCCCGGCUGGGAGAAGCCGCAGUUGGCGCCCCGGGGGCCCACCCACAACUGCCCGCUCGCGUCUGUGCAUGUGCGGCGCUGCGCCCAGCCUGCUGUCCGUGCGGGCAGGCCCGAGGGGCGGUGGCCCAGCCCGACGGCAGGGGUCCUGGCUGGUGCCAGGGGCCAGGGCAGGAUGUUUCUCCCACCCCAUCCCUGCCAGGGCUGGAGACGGCAGGCGUGUCCCGUCUCCUCGGAGGCAGGGUGCCCCGUGCGCAGACGUCCGGCCCUGGCCCCUGGUGUCCGUGAGCCCUGCAGGGCUGUCUCCCCUGCCCUACCUGGCCGGCUGCAGCGUGUGCUCCCAGGAAAGGGGAGAGCUGCGUGCAGAGGGGCUGCGGAGCACCGGGGUCAGGCCAGGAGGGGACCGUCCUCCACCAGGGCCAUGGGUGUGGCCGGGUGAUGAUGGGUGUCCGAGCACCCCCUGGACCGUGGACUUAGCCCAGCUCCUCCUUCCCUGGAGAGGCCUGGAUGGGGGGUGGCCCCGGCUGCCUGGCUCUGCUCUGGGACGGCCUGGAGGCAGGGGAGGGCCCUGGGGGCUCUGCAGGCCCCUCCGGCAGCUCCUCCUGGCUUCCUGCUUAGUUUCCUUCCUGGACGCCCCGGAGCCCCAGGCCUGUCCUGUGUCCACGGGAAUCCCCACCCUGACCCUGCCGUGACCCUGCCCCCCGCAGCCAGGGGUGCCAUUGAGGGCCCACAUGCGGGUGCAUUGGGAGUGUGCUGCGUCCAGUCCUCCCGGUGGCCCCAAGCUCAGCCUGGAAGGGGUUUCCGAGCCGUGAGCAGGGAGCCUUUCCGGGGCGCAGAAGCCCCCGGGAGUGUGGGUAGGGGCUUGGUGAGGAGCAAGCUGGGGGGGGCCUGAGGUCAGGGUUCCCUGGCUCGGCCCGGCCUGGUCACUCACCACUGCCGACCUUGGACAAGCUCCUGGCCCUGCGGAGCCUCGGAUGUCCUCUCUGUGAUCCCCUGGAGGGGGCUGGACCCCCACGGUCCCUUCCGUCUUGGACAUUGCUGCACUCCAGUCUUAUUGUUCUCGAGCAGGAGCCUUUGCAGGGUGGGCAGAGCGGGGUGGCGAGGCUGGCCAGGAGGGCGUCGGGCAGUGUGGGGUCUAGCACAUGACACUAGCAGCGGUGAGCCCACCUCCCUGGCAGGGCCGCCCUCGCGGGUGUGGGUCAUUCCAGCCCAUCGUGGUCAUCCGGUACCUGGUUGACAUGUCGUGUCCUCUGUCUGCACCUCCCUGCAAAGGCUCUGCUCAGGCCACGGCAAGGUGACCACCACCGGCUUGUCCCCAGGCCAAGUCUCGAUGCCCUCUCCUGGAACGGGUGGUCAGCCCUGGGUCAGCCUUGUGGGGCUGUGUCCACCUUCCCUGGCCGCGGUGGAUGGGCCCGGAGCGUCGGGCCGGCAGGAGCGGGGCUGGCAGGGCUGAGGUCUGCAUCUCCCCCUUCCCGGCCCCCUCCUCAGUCUCCCCCCCAGGAAGGCCCAGCCCUCCCUGCUGACAGCACCCGGGGAGCUGGGGGCUGCUGAGCGCUGGGGUCUGGUUGAUGGUUUUGGAGAGAAAAAAGGAUCUUAGGAAUGUUUUCUUCUUGAUUUGUCAGUUUUCUCCUGUGCGAAGUGGAGGUGGCAGGGUGUCCCCAUGUUGGCAUCUUUGGGCUGGGUUUGGUUUCAGCUACUGGCAGGUUAGGGGCCUUGUGUUCAAGUGGAAUCCCCAAGUCCCAGCCUGCGUGUUGACGUUUCCAGCCACGUUCUGAUUUACUCCGGCGCCGAGCAGGGUUUCUGUUGAACCGCCUUUGGGCCAGAGGUCUCGGAGGGCACUGCCCGCUGGGUUUUUCAGGUGAAGGGGACACUCUGUUGGACUGGCUGGGUCUGCAGGGUCCCCUCUCGCACACGCUCCCCGGAAGCCCAUCUCCCUGAGACGUGGUGGGGGAAUCGUGUCCCGAACACCCCCCUUCGGACGCUCCUGUGUCCUGCCAGGUGGGCUUCACCCGGAGGUGCUCCGGCCGCUGCCCGUCAUCACGGGUGCCGACACCUGCACUCCUUGUUAGGGGCCUUCCCAGGGCUCUCGGGGUGCCCCCCACCUGGCCAUGCCUUGACUCAGGUCACCUGCAGCUGCUGCUCCCACACCUGGAUCAGGGCUCACGAGGGCUUGGGGACCCGGGGAGCAGGUGGCCUCGGGGCCUCCAGUGUGCGACGGAGCGA